AUGAUGGUGCCCGACUACGCCCUGAUCGGAGAGAUCAUGUUCUACGCCUACGGCUUCACGGACGCCAAGGUGCUGGCAAAGAAGAUGCUGUCCUCCCAGUGCCACUACGACUACGGCAUGCGCGCCGUGAAGAGUACCAUCGAGAUGUGCGGCAAGCUCAAGCGCGAGGCCAGCGAGGGAAUGCAGGAGGAUCAGAUCACGCUGCAGGCGCUGCGCGAUGUGAACGUGCCCAAGUUCCUGAAGGAUGACCUUCCACUAUUCAACGGCGAUGCAAAGUACAACAAGGUGCAGACUCACAUUCUCAAUCCGAAGGCGAUCACCCAGGCGCAGUUGUACGGCGCCUUCGACGAGGUUACGCGCGAGUGGUCGGACGGCAUUGCCAGCGAGUGUGUGCGGACGGCCGUGGCGAGCGGCAAGAGCGGCUGCACGGACAACCAUUGGGUCAUCUUCGACGGUCCUGUGGAUGCGCUGUGGAUCGAGUCUAUGAACACGGUUCUGGAUGACAACAAGAAGCUCUGUCUCACCUCUGGAGAGAUCAUCGCGCUGACUCCCCAGAUCCGGUGCGGCAUGGUCUACAUGGAGCCGUCCGCGCUCGGCAACGAGCCCCUGGUGCAGUCCUGGCUCGAGCGCCUCCCCUCCACCUUCAAGAAAGAUAUGGUGGAGAUCCUGAAGGAGCUGAUGCUGAGCUUCACGCUGCCUCUGAUACGCGUGGUCCGCAAGAAGACCUCCGAGCUGUCGAUUACAGUGGACAAUAAUUUGUGCAAGUCGCACUUCUCCCUGCUGGACUGCUACUUCCACGAGUACAUCCCCACCGAGGCCAAGACGCCGAGCGCGGACGAGAUCGCCAAGCUGGGGACCAACCUCAUGCCACUCUUUUUUUUCACUCUGGUGUGGAGUGUUGGAGCAACCUGCGACAACAAGGGCCGCAAGGUCUUCAGCGACAAGCUGUGGGAAUUGAUCAGGGAAAAGGAUGUCAAAGUCGCUCGGGACGGCGAGCUUCCUGAUGACUGCUUCUGGUACGACUUCGUGUUCGAAACUUCGGGGGAGCGUGAGGGCCACUGGACCAAGUGGCUCGACUUUGCCCCGAAGUACACGGUGCCCCCCCGCUCCGAGUACCAGAACAUUGUUGUGCCGACCGUGGAUUCUAUCCGCCUCACCCACACGUUCUCCACACUGGUGCUGAAAGAUAAGCACUGCAUCAUCGCUGGGAACACGGGCACAGGCAAGUCGUCGUACGUGACGUUGUGGCUGCAGAAAGGGGCGCCCGAUUCAUUCAUGCCCUUGUUCAUCAGUUUUUCGGCCCAAACCCAUGUGAAUCAGCUCCAAGACCUGUUGGACUCCAAGUUUGAGAAGAGGAGGCGUGGCGUAUUUGGUCCGCCGGCAGGCAAGAAGAACGUCGUCUUCGUCGACGAUCUCAACAUGCCCAAGAAGGAAUAUUAUGGCGCACAACCACCCAUCGAGCUGCUGCGCCAGUGGCACGACUACGGGGGGUGGUACAACCGCAAGGAGUUGAAGGUACAGGAGAUCAUCGACAUCAUCCACGUCUCGGCCAUGGGCCCGCCAGGCGGUGGAAGGACGGAGGUCACCGGGCGCCUUAAGCGCCACUACAGUACCCUGGUGGCCGCGGACCUCGCGCGGGAGUCCAUCGCGGCCAUCUUCUCCACGAUCUUGGACUACUUCCUGGCCCAGGGCUUCGAGCCGGCCAUCCAGCAGCUGAGCGCACGCAUCGUGGCCUGCUCCAUCGGCAUCUUCGAGGCCGCCGGCGAGGAGCUGCUCCCAACACCGACGAAGAGCCAUUAUCUGUUCAAUCUGCGCGACAUCUGGAAGGUGUUCCAGGGCAUUUGCUCACUGAAGUCCAAGAAGAUCAGCGAGCCCCUUUCUGUGGUGCGCUGCUACUGCCACGAGAACAUCCGCGUGUUCGGAGAUCGUCUGAUCAACGAGGAGGACCGCUCCUGGUUGCGGCAGAAGCUUGAGGCCACCCUUGAGGACAGCUUUGGCAUUGAUCCCGCGAUGGUGUUCACAGGCGACCGGCUCAUCUUCGGUGAUUUCAUGGGCCAAGGUGACACAAAGUUUUACGUGGAAGUCGAGGAUAUGGCUGCUAUGAAGUCGUCAAUGGAGUCUUUCUUGGACGACUACAACAACAUAUUUUCAGUCGCCAUGCCGCUCGUCAUGUUUACGGACGCCUGUGAGCACGUCGCUCGCAUCUGCCGCGUGCUGCGCCAGCCCAAUGGCAACGUGCUGCUUCUGGGCGUGGGCGGCUCUGGGCGACAGUCGCUGUCGCGACUCGCCACGUACAUGUCGGAAUACGAGAUUUUCCAGAUCGAGGUCAUGAAGGGCUAUGGCAUGAACGAGUUCAAGGACGACCUCAAGACCUGCCUGAUGCAGUGUGGAAACCAGCAGAAGGCAACGACCUUCCUCUUCACGGACACUCAGAUCGUCAACGAGCAGAUGGUCGAGGCGAUCAACAAUGUGCUCAAUUCGGGCGACGUUCCCAACCUGUACAAGGCCGAAGACACGGACGCCAUCAUGCAGGCUUGCCGUGCGACCUGCCAGCAGGCGGGCCUGACUCCGACGAAGGCGAACGUGUUCAGCACCUACCUCACGCGCGUGAAGGCCUGCAUCCACCUGGUCUUGGCCUUCUCGCCCGUGGGCGAGGCCUUCCGGACCCGCCUCCGCAUGUUCCCGUCGCUGGUGAACUGCUGCACCAUCGACUGGUUUGCGGAGUGGCCGGCGGAGGCCCUGUACAGCGUUGGCAAGCAGCAGAUGACGAUGGAGGACCUCAACCUCCCGAACCUGGAGGGCGUCCUGAACCUGUUCAAGACGGUGCACCAGUCGGUGGAGGCGGGCGCAAAGAGGAUCAUGGAGUCUGCGAGGCGUCCGAUCUACAUCACGCCCACGUCGUUCCUGGAGUUGAUCGCAUCCUACAAGAAGGUGUUGGAACUGCGGCGAAGCGCCGUUGGCACUCUGAAGAUGCGGUUGCAGAAGGGCUUGGACGCCCUCGCCGCAGCGGCGUACGCAGUGGCGAACAUGCAGACGGAGCUCACCGCAAAGCAGCCCGUACUGGAGCAGACGAAGAAAGAGGUGGGGGAAAUGAUGGUGGUGAUCGCUCAGGACAAGGAGAAAGCAGCUGUCACGAAGGAAUCGUGCACCAAGGUCGAAUCCGAAGCCAAGAUCCAGGCCGACUCGGCGACGGCCAUCAAGGAGGACGCGCAGCGCGACCUGGACGAGGCCCUGCCUGCCCUCAACGUCGCCGAGAAGGCGCUGAAGGCCCUGAAGCUCGCGUCCCUGCAGGAGAUCAGGGUGCUCGGCAGCCCUCCGGCUGGCGUGAGGCUGGCGAUGGAGGUGUUGUGCGUCUUCUUCAACAUCAAGCCCGUGAAGAAGGCCGACCCAGCCAACCCUGGCAAGAAGAUCGAGGACUUCUGGGAGGCCGCGAAGCUCGGCCCUUUGAGCGAUCCAAAGAAGCUUCUGGAUGAUUUGUUCGAGUUUGACAGGGAUAACAUUCCCGAGGCUGUGAUCCAGCGGGCGCAGCCGUACAUCGAUCGCGAAGACUUCGACCCCGUUCAGAUCAAGAAGGCCUCCGUGGCCUGCGAAGCGCUGUGUAUGUGGUCGCGCGCCAUGCACAAGUACCACUUCGUAGCCAAGGCUGUAGAGCCGAAGCGCAAGAUGCUGGCAGACGCCGAGGCGAGCCUGGAGGUCACCAUGAAAAAGCUGCGCGGCGCCCAGGCGGAGCUCAAGGACGUAGAAGAGAAGAUUGCCAAGCUAGAGGCGGACUACAACAGCUCCGUGCAGAAGCAGGACCAGCUGCAGAAGGACAUGGACAUGUGCGUCAUCAAGCUGGGCAACGCCAACAAGCUCAUCGAGGGCCUCGGCGGUGAAAAGGACCGCUGGUCGCAGACCGUGGAGACUCUCGGUGAGGAGUACGAGCUGCUGCCUGGGGACUCCCUGGUGGCCGCUGGCAUGGUGAGCUACGCUGGGCCGUUCACGGGAGAGUACCGGAUAGACUUCAUGGAUUUGUGGCUGGCCACGGAGGACGAGUGCGGCAUAACCCACAAGGAGGGCGCCAACCUGGUCAACGUGCUGGGCCAGCCAGUCGUCAUCCAGGAGUGGGCCGUCAGCGGCCUGCCGAACGACAACCUGUCGGUGGAGAACGGCAUCAUCAUUGCCAACGCCCGGCGGUGGCCUCUGAUGAUCGAUCCGCAGCGGCAGGCGAACAAGUACAUCAAGACGUACGGGAAGGUCGCCAGCGACGGCGGCAUGAGCACGUGCAAGCUUUCGGACCCUGGCUUGCUGCAGACAGUGGAGCUGGGCAUUCAGUUCGGGAAGUGGGUGCUGCUGGAGAACAUUGGCGAGGCGCUGGACCCCGCGCUGGAGCCAGUGCUCCAGCAGCAGAAGAUACGCGACGGAACCUCGUUUGUGAUCAAGCUGGGGGACAAGAACGUAGCGUACGACGACAAGUUCCGCUUCUUCAUGACUACCACGCUGGCCAACCCGCAUUACUCUCCGGAGACCUCUGUGAAGGUGACGCUGCUGAACUUCGCCAUUACGCCCGAGGGUUUGCAGGACCAGAUGCUGGGUGUGGUGGUGCAGAAGGAGCAGCCUGAGAUGGAGGAGAAGAAGCAAGAGCUGGUGAAGAACAACGCUUCGAUGAACAAGCAGCUCAAGGAGAUCGAGGACGAUAUCCUCCGGCUGCUUUCCGCCGAUGGCGACAUCCUGGAAAGCAAGGAGCUGAUCGACACGCUGGAGUACUCCAAAAAGACAUCAGCCGUCAUCAACAAGGCCAUGGAGGAGGCUGCGGUCACUGAAAAGGAGAUCGACGAGGUGCGGAAGUCGUACCGCGACUACGCGUACCGCGCGAGCCUGCUAUCGAAGACGACACACGAGGACCCGGAGAAAACUCCACUUCGCGCCUCGCGGCGCGGUGGCGGAUUCUUCUGCGUGACCGAGUUGAUGGUCAUUGACCCCAUGUACCAAUUCAGCCUGCAGUGGUUCCAGCAGCUUGCGGUGAUCGGCAUCGACAACGCCCCCUCUGGCGGGGAGGGCGCGGACGCGCGGCUCAACAACCUGAUCUCGUACUUCACGUACUCGAUCUACCAGAGCGUGUGCCGGGGCCUGUUCGAGAAGCAUAAACUUCUGUUCUCCUUCUCGCUCUGCAUGAAAAUCAUGAGCGGUGAGGGCCGUCUGGACGCGGGCGAGUCGCGAUUCCUGAUGGCUGGGCCCACUGGGGACAUCAAGGACGGGAUCCCCAAUCCGGCGCCCGAGUGGCUAUCCGCCAAGAGCUGGAACGAGGUGUUAUCCUUGUCGCAGCUGCCCGCGUUCCGCGGCCUCGACACCUACUUUGCGUCGGACGUUUCGGGCUUCAAGAGGAUCUACGACGAGCCGGAGGCCGACAAAGAAACAUUGCCGGGGCCCUGGGAGGAGAAGUUGAGCCCAUUCCAGAAGAUUUGUUUCUUGCGCACCCUCCGUCUAGAUCGGGUUACCACGGCGGUGCUGGACUUCGUCACCAAGGACAUGGGGCAGAAGUUUGUGGAGCCGCCCACCUUCGACAUCGCGGUGUCGUUCGAGGACUCCACGAAAAUGUCGCCGCUGAUUUUCGUUCUCUCUGCCGGGAGCGACCCUGUCGCUGACAUGCUCCAGUUCGCGGAGGCCAAGGGCAUGGGGCAGAAGCUAGAGAGCAUCUCCCUAGGGCAAGGCCAGGGCCCCAAGGCCCAGAAGAUGAUCGAGCGGGCGCGUGAGAGCGGCGGCUGGGUUCUGCUCUGCAACUGCCACCUCUCUAUCUCCUGGCUGCCUGAGCUGGAGCGGAUCUGCGAGCAGCAGAACGCCGAUGAGACUGACAACAUGUACCGCCUGUGGCUCACCUCCAUGCCCACGCCGCAGUUCCCGCCGCUUCUCCUGCAGAACGGCGUCAAGAUGACCAACGAGCCCCCAAAAGGUCUGCGCGCCAAUGUGCUGGGCUCCAUGUCCAAGUGCGACGACCGGAUGCUGAACGACUGCGAGAAGCCCGAGGCCUUCUCCCGGCUGGUCUUCGGGUUCUGCUUCUUCCACGCGAUCUGCCAGGACCGGCGCAAGUUCGGGCCGAUCGGCUGGAACAUCCCGUACAACUUCACGCCCGAGGAUUUGGUCACCAACCGAAGGCAGUUGAAGUUCUUUUUGGACAACUACGACUCCAUCCCUUACAAGGUGCUGCAGUUUCUGGGGGCGAAGAUCAACUACGGCGGCCGUGUGACGGACAAGAAGGACAAGGUCCUGAUCGAGACGAUGAUUAAGAUCUUCAUCUGCGAAGACACCGCUGUGAAGGGACCCGAGUACAAGUUCUCAAAAGGCGGGUUGUUCUACUGCCCAGCGGCGACCUCACAGGACGAGUUCCUCACCUACCUCAGGGGAUUGCCCAUAAUGACGCCUCCAGAGGUUUUCGGGCUUCACGAGAACUGCGAGAUAACAUGCGCAGAGUCGGAGAGCAUGGCGCUCCUGGAGGACGUCAUGUCCACGGUCAUGGAUGACAUGGCCGCGGAGCUCAUUGAGAUCACGCCCAAGCAGUUUGACCUGGAUCUUUUCGAGGAGCGGUUCCCGACGAUGUAUUCGGAGUCCCGCAACACUGUGGUGAAGCAAGAGGCCGCUAAGUACAACAGGCUCCUGGACCUGCUGGCGAGGCAGCUGCCCCUGUUCCGGCGGGCGGUGAAGGGCCUGGUCGUCAUGACAGAGGACCUCGAGAAUGUGGGCAAGGGACUGUUCAUGAACAUGGUGCCAGAGCAGUGGGCAAGCGUUGGCUUUCUGUCGAUGAAGCCGCUGACUGCGUGGUACAAGGACCUGAACGACCGCGUGGACUUCUUCCACCUCUGGUAUACCGAUGGCCACCCUAUCUCCUUCUGGGUGUCGGGCCUCUUCUUCCCGCAGGCCUUCUUCACUGCGGUCCUCCAGAACUUUGCCCGGGCCCACAAGUUUGCCAUCGACAGGGUCGACUUCGAUGUGGAGGUCUCGGACCACUUCAAGAUCGACGGCAGCGACAUCGCGACGCCGCCAGAAGCGGGAGCCUACAUGCGCGGCAUGUUCCUGGAAGGCUGCCGCUGGGACGACAGGAUCCACGCCCUGGGGCCGUCGCUGCCCAAGCAGCUCUUCACCCAGCUGCCCGUGGUGCUUUUCAAGCCCGUGCUGGACUGGAAGCCGCAGAAGGGCGUGUACCCGUGCCCGGUGUACAAGGUGCUGAGCCGGAAGGGGACCCUCUCCACGACGGGCCACAGCACGAACUUCGUGCGGGACAUGGCCCUGCCGUCGAAGGAGCACCCCGAUGUCUGGAUCCGGGCGGGCGUCGCCGCCUUCCUGGCUCUCAAGUACUGA